GUGUGGUUUCAGAACCGGCGAGCAAAAUGGCGCAAGCGGGAGCGGUUUGGCCAGAUGCAGCAGGUCCGGACCCACUUCUCCACUGCCUACGAGCUGCCUCUGCUCACUCGUGCUGAGAACUACGCCCAGAUCCAGAACCCUUCCUGGAUCGGCAACAACGGCGCCGCCUCCCCCGUGCCCGCCUGUGUUGUCCCCUGCGAGACAGUGCCCUCCUGCAUGUCCCCCCAUGCUCACCCCCACGCCGCCGGUGGCGUCUCCGAGUUCCUCGGCGUCUCCGGCCCCGGUAGCCACGUGGGACAGACUCACAUGGGUGGCCUCUUUGGCACGGCCGGGAUGAGCCCUGGCCUCAAUGGCUACGAGCUGAACAGCGAGCCGGACCGCAAGACCUCCAGCAUCGCUGCCCUGAGGAUGAAAGCAAAGGAGCACAGCGCCGCUAUCUCCUGGGCGACAUGA